UUUAAACUUUCUGCAAAAGAUUUUGGUAGGGCUUCUACACUUAUGUACAAAUUCUAAUCUCAUAUGUAUACAGGCUCUCUAAUACUAGUCAUAAGAAUUGCAUAAGAACCUAAAUUAAGUCUCUCAAAAGUAAUACAAUAGCAUAGCAUCUUCUAUACUAUCUUGUCACAGGGUAGCUGGUUCCUGUGGAUAACCUAGGCCCAGCUCCCCUGGAUCAUAGCAGAUGAGUCCAGUCCACCCAAUUAAAGGGAGAGGCUUGAAUACACCUGACCCUAAAAAGCUGCUAGUGGGUGAUUGAGAGAGGUGUGCCUGAGGAAGGAAAGCCACAAUGGAGUGGAGCUAACUCCCAUGACCUUUAAGCUCCUAGGAAUCCUUGAUGUCCAAAAUAUUCCCUGUUCACGAGAGUCAAUACUCUAUGGGUCACUGGGUUCUGUAGCUGUGGGCCUUGGACAUUUUUUAGCAACCAGUAGAGUUAGAAGAUCUUUUGACUUUGGAAUGGGAGGUUUUGUUUUGACAACCUUAGGAUGCUGGAUAUAUUGCAGAUACAAUCAUGCAAAACUAAGGAUCCAGCAAAGAAUUAUUCAAGAAGGGAUGAGAAACAAGAUCUUAUAUGAAAGUAGUGAUUUUGAUCCUGAAAGAAAACAAAACAGCAAUCUAGAAAGCAAAUCUUAGCUUAUCACAGAGCAACCCAAUGGUCAAAUACAACCUGUGGGGUAUUAAAAUGGAAGUGCCAAGGCACACUCUGCCUGUAAGUGUGGGAUGAGAACAAAACUGAUAACCCACACAAUUUUUUUCCUACUGGACUCAAACAAACUACUCAGUCUGUUAAAGAAGACCCUAACAAAUGUUAGGGUUGUGUAUAGAUUUAAAAGUUGUGUAUAUUUAUAUGCAAAUCAGGGAUGGCCUUCCAGUUUCUGGCCCGUUGUGUUUGAAAAUGAUAAAUUUAAUUGAGGAUUAAUAACAAUGUUUCAGACUUGUUUAGAACAAUGGUGUGUAGCUCUUCUAAAAUGGCUAGAGGUUUUGGCAUUAUUUUACAAUAAAAGAAAAAAUUAAUUCAGGCUAUAAUUUUCCCAUAUCUAAACAAGACGUUUAUAAAUAAUUAUUUAAAAUUAAAUGCAAUUUAUAUCUCUAUGCUGUUUAAUGUGAAAAAUUAUUCCUACUAAUUAUUAUAAUAAAAGGAAUAUUCAUCUGGUUGACUGAAACAAAAUGAAUAAUGUAAAGAUCCCUCUUAUCUCUGUGAAACACAGUAUAAUGGGCAACUUCUACUAGUGAUGUUGGCUAGUUAAAGUUAAUAGACACUUAAAUUGAGGAUAAAGAUGGGAUGUUCUUUACUAUGUGAAACUAAAAAUGAAAUUUACUAAUAAAUCUUCAAGAGGGCUAUUUGCUAUUCUUUUGUACCUUAUGUUUGGGAUACUUUAUCUCAUAAGUUCCAGUCUUCCAAUUAGAGCACUUCUUUGCAGUAGCCUGUACUAUUUACAGUUUAAUAAUUGGGUAGAGCAGUACCUGGUUGCCUUGAUUAGUUACAUAAACCACUGUUGGGUCGAUAUUUUAUUUUGAAAUGUGCAUAAUAUUUUGUUAAAUUGGUGUUUUGAAACUGUACCCUAAAUUUAUCAUUUCUGUAUUUGUCAUAAAAAUUUAAAUAAAUUUAUUUAAAAAAAACCAC